AUUUUCGUAUACACUUCUGGCAUCAUGUUUCUUAAAUCACCCAAAUACUGUCUUCAGAAGUUGUAAAAUUAAAAUUAUUUUAAGAUUAUCUUGAAUUAAGAUUUCAGAAAAAGAAUAUUUCUCUGGUUUAAAAGCAUUAAAAGAAGAAAGAUGAAUCCUGAGUUUUCUAGUAUGUCUUCCUCCACCAUAGAAUCCAUAAGAAAAGCUGGUAUAGGACGUCGUGGAGGUGUUAAAGUUCGUGGUGGAAGAUUACCACCUGUUAAAAUACAUAAUGUGCUGUCAAGAAAGAAAACGAUUGCACCAAAAAUUCCACAGAAACGAACGGAAGUGAAGAAAGAAAAAAUUGACAAAGAGGCUUUUGAUGAAUUGCCAUUUAGAGAGGAUGCUAAGUAUAGGGAGACACGAGAUAGAGGGCGUGGUCGUGGAAGAGGAGCAAGAGUGUAUAUUCAAACUGAAGGAACUUUAUUUGGAGAUGGCACUGCUUGUAAAGCUAAAUCUGAAAGAAACUAUCCGAGCUAUGAAAGAGCAAGUGUGUCUAGAUCCAAAGUUUCUAUAAAAAGAGAAGGAAAUGUGAAGUCAGAAGAAAUUGACAUUCUUUUGGAAUCUUUUAAUUAUUCUGAAGGUGAAAGCGAUGAAGAAAAUGACUUAAAGCCCGUACGAUAUCCGUACGUUAAAGAAAAACAAGAAAUCAAACAAGGAAUAAAGCAAGAAAUCAAACAGGAAAUCAAGCAAGAAAUAAAAAAGGAAAAUAUUGAUGAAGUUGAUGGUGACAAAAGCAAUUUUAGCAUUGAAGAUGUUAAAAAGUUCAUAAAAGUUGAACCAGUUGAUGAUUAUGAAAAUGAAAUCAAAGCAAAACCUUUGGUCUGCAAAUUCUUCACUCCCAUUGAAGCUGUGACUUUCUCUACAGAAAAUGAGCUUGUUACUGAUUUAAAGAACUUAAAAAGUGACAGAGGAAUUAUGUUGCUUCUGCAGUUUCCAAGUUGUCUUCCUCUUGAUAAGCAAUGGGAUAACUUAAAUACACCUGAAGAUAAAAAACAAGCAACUUCUGCAACGAAAGAGAGCGUUAAAGGCGAGAAUCAAAAUGAAGAAAUUAGAAUUAAAUCUAGUGUUCGUGAUAUACCCGAAGGCUUUAUUGGUAAACUGCAGUUUCUGAAAUCUGGAAAAAUGCGACUAGUUAUGGGAUCCAUUCAUUUAUAUUUAGAAAAUGGAAGUGAAAGACAAGUCACUGCAAAUGCUGUUACAAUAUCUACGAAAGGAAAAGAAGGUGAUAUUACUGUUUUAGGAAAAAUAGAACGGAAAAUGUUACUUCGACCGCACUUUAAUGGAAUCACAGAUUAAAUAGUUCGAAUAACUGAAAUUACGGUCUCGCCUUAUUUUGAAUAAUAAAAAAUCAAAUCAUGAAACGACCCAAAUUUGAUGCGUCGAAUUUUAAGUUUUAAAGAAUAGAAACUAAUAAGACUGCCCCUUCCGUUUUAACUUAAUAAACAAAAUGAUAUCAAAUAACUAUUUGUUUAUAAGGUAUUUUAACUUUCUUCUAAUUCUAAAUAUGUGUUAUAAACAUGUAUGUGUGCUGUUGUGAAACAAUUUAAUUUCGCAUUUUGUAAUUUUUAUAUAUCGUCUAGGAGAGUGAAAUAUUCCAGUGUAUAUCAUUUAAAAUUUGUCAUUUAGAUGUUAAGAAAUACAGCGAUGCCAUUUGAAUUUAGUGUGUGUCAUCUAGACUUAGCAGUAGUUGUCUUCUUUCAGGAUAGAAUGUAUUCGCACAUCCCAUGCAGCAGCUGUGCCCGAAAUGACGAACAAUUUGAAAUAUGGAAGAAAUACGGUAGUAGAUAAAAAAUAUGAUAGGGUACGUUCUGCUCAAAGAACGAGAAACUUAUUCUCAUGUAGUUUUAAAAUCAGUUACCGAGUUCGACGAUAGGUGGUGUUACUUUCUAGGGAAAAACUAUAAGACAUUGUUUUUGCUGCAAGUCAGACUGAAAUAUUUGCUCAGAGUCAAUUCAUUCGUUCUUCCGGUUGCAAAACGUUAUUGCUACAAACGGUGAUUCUUUUGAAAACAUAUUUUUUUUAAAGUUUUGUUAGAUGGCAGUGCAAUCUGUUGAAAACUUGGUAAUUAAUUUUGAAAUUUGGUGAGGAAAACUCUCUAGUUUACUGAACAAAACAUGAGGAUACCGUUCUUUCUAUCGUCUUUCCAUUUUUCUUUGGUUUUCCAAAUUGCCUAUCAUUUUAAAAAAGCUAAUUAGAGAACGUUUAAGCAGCAUUUUAAAAGUUUUCGCAAUUUUUACUGCUAAAUAAACACAUUCUGUACAAGAAUAUUUAUUGAUUUAUGUAACUUUAUCACUAGGAGGAGUGAUUUUUUUUUUAAAUUACAGGGUAUGUAACAUAGAAUGAUUCCUGUAGUUCUCUUUUAUUUUUCUAGAUAGAAAAUAAUUGACACAUCCUAUAUAAUUUCAAUAAGGUUUAUAUAGUAUAUAUAUUGUUAGACUUAUUGUUAAAGUAUAUAAUGUUAUUGUUAUUUAUAUACUUACUGUUAAAAUUCGUUAUGUUUGAAAACCUGCUAGAAUUGUAAUUAUUUUCUGUAUUAAAUAAAAAGUAAAAUCUACACCCA